GCUCUAGCUCUGCAACCGGACCCACUGACCACGUAUUUGCGGGCUCCUCGUCCUCGUCCUCCAGCUCUGCAGCUGGAGCCACGAACCCAAGCUAUUUCUGAGUAGAAUGAAUUGGCUCGGAGAGAAAAAAGCAACUGGUCCAGUCUCGAAAGAAAGGUGCUCGUAUAUAAUAAGUCUUUGGAGUAUGAAGAUCAAGUUAUGAUACCAAUUGGUAGGAUGUACCACUGUUAUAAAAGAAAGAAAGGGGUUCUUGAUAGACAGUAUGUGAUGCAAAGCCUGGUUUUUAGAAAGGACAUGAAUUACCGGAGAAUUUUAGAAACGUGUGUAUCAGUUGUCUUCCCUGAUGAUCUAGAAUCCAGGGAAUGCGAAUAUUAUAUUGCCAAUGGUAGGGGUAUGAGUAUUCAUAGUGGCGAUUUUAUUCAAAUCGACAAUGAUGACGGUGAAGAAGAGUGCAUUCCGUGGACCCUGGAAGCAUACAUUCGAUUGUAGAGUAUUAGAUAUGCCUCUAAGGCUAGACUAUAAUAUUGUGUCAAGAAGUUUAUUGAAGAUGUGGAGAACCAAGAAGUGUCUGUGGUGGCUCCCACACCAGGUGAAUCCAUGGCGGAUCUGGGCCACCAAGAAGUUUCUAGACCCACUCAGCGGGCAUGUGCGGAAAGAGAAGAACAGGAGCAGCAGAAAUCCCUUAGUAAUAGCUAUAUAAUGAAAAGCACUAAAGUGCAAACC